AUGAGGGAGGCGCUGAUGAAAGACGAGAUUGGCGAGCGACUAUUGAGAUGGGCGGGGUUUGUUUCCCCGGUUACGGCAGAGCGGACGUUUCUGCAUGAGUGUUGUGCUUGGCAACUUGGAAACGGAGGAGGCUGCCGGGUUGGGACUGGAGGGUUUGCGGGAUGGUUAUGGCGGCCGCUGCCGAGGAGGGGGACGCUGUGGUCGAGCGUGGCCCCGGCGCGGUUUAUCAUAUGUUCGUCAUGAUGGAGGAUUUGCUAGAGAAGUUAAAGCUGCUCAAUUACGAGGAGGAGUCGGCGUUGCGGAGCCAUAACAUGAGACCGCCUUCCAGGCACUACUUUGCAUUGCCCACUAAUCCAGGUGAACAGUUCUAUAUGUUCUGCACUCUGGCAGCUUGGCUGAUUAAUAAAGCAGGACAUCCCUUUGAACAGCCACAAGAAUAUGAUGAUCCAAAUGCAACCAUAUCCAACAUACUCUCAGAGCUACGUUCCUUUGGGAGACCUGUGGAUUUUCCUCCUUCAAAGCUAAAGGCAGGUUACGGAGAACAGGCAUGUUAUGUUCUUGAUUGUUUAGCUGAAGAAGCUUUAAAACACACCUCCUAUAACUGGAAAAGGCCACUAUAUCCAACGGAAGAGCUAGAAGAAGAAGCAAUAACGGAAGAUGAUGCUGAACUGACCCUUAAUAAAGUUGAAGAAGAAAUUGCGGAAGAAGAGACAGACAAUGAAGAUAACUACAUUGAUCUGAAUGUUUUAAAGGCACAAACUUACAAAUCAGAUAUGAAUGAAUCAAAACAAGAAGAGAUUUUAGAAUCCACAGUAGAUGCUGCUGAGUGGAACCUUGAAGUAGAACGAGUCCUUCCUCAAUUGAAAGUAACAAUAAGAACGGAUAAUAAGGAUUGGAGAAUCCAUGUAGAUCAGAUGCAUCAGCACAAAGAUGGAAUUGAAUUUGCUUUAAAAGAGACCAAAGGCUACCAUGACAAACUUCAUAAUGAAAUCAGCAGAACCCUGGAAAAGGUCAGCAGCCGGGAAAAAUACAUCAACAACCAGCUGGAGCAUUUAGUUCAAGAAUAUCGUUCUGCCCAGGCCCUUUUGAGUGAGGCCAAAGAAAAAUAUCAACAAGGAAGUGGAGGAGUAACAGAGAGGACCAGAGUUCUCUCAGAGAUUACUGAAGAACUGGAGAAAGUAAAACAGGAUAUGGAAGAGAAAGGAAGCAGUAUGACUGAUGGAGCUCCUUUAGUAAAGAUUAAACAAGCUUUAACCAAACUGAAGCAAGAAACCAUUCAGAUGGACAUAAGGAUUGGCGUAGUGGAACACACGUUACUUCAGUCAAAGCUGAAAGAAAAAUCAAAUAUGACUAGAGAUAUGCAUGCUACUGUAAUUCCAGAUUCCUCAAUUGUUGGAACCUAUUGAAUUUACUUGACACCAUUUUUGUUAGGCUAAUCAAAAUUUUGUAUAUAAUAUAUAUAUAUAUAUAUAUUUACAGUAUAUAUAUUAUAUUAAGCAAAAUGUUGAACGUUAAUUCUGUUUGUAUAGCUGGGGUGAUGUUACGUUUUGUUGUCUCUGAGGAUUUAUUAUACAUUUCUUUUUUUUAAAAAAGUUAAUAAAAUACCAUUAACAA